UUGGUGAGUAUCAGAUAGAUUACCUGCCACGCCCCCAUAGUCGUAGCUAUAUCACUUCCUUGUUGGGCGUGUGGGACGGAGCUGUGUUGCUGCGACGCUGCAGUAUCAUAAUCUGGACAACGAUCAGCAACAAUGACGGAGAGAAAGCAGGGUCGGUUUUCAGGAGGGAACUCGGAGGAGUCCAUCUUCCGCAUCCCUCCAUUCUACUACAUGCACGUACUGGACCAGAACCUCAACGUCACCAGGACCGAGGUUGGGCCCAAGACAUACAUCCGACAGGACAAUGAGAAAGUUGUGCUUCCUCCAGAGAAGAUGAUCACGGUGCCGCCGCGUCACUACUGCGUGGUGGAGAACCCCGUGGUGCGUGGCGAGGACGGCGCGCCCGUGUACGACACCAGCGGACAGGUGAAGCUGGUCCACGCAGACCUGGAGAUCCGCCUGGCACAGGACCCCUUCCCACUCUUCCCUGGAGAAACACUCAAACAGAAUGUGACGGCCCUGAAAGUUGUCUCUGCGGACACUGCCCUGAGGCUGCGGGCAGUGCUGGACCUGGAAGACCAGACUGGACAGAAGAGAGUGGCAGGAGAUGAGUGGCUCUUUGAAGGACCAGGCACUUACAUUCCAAGGAAGGAGGUUGUAGUGGAUGAGACAGUCCGUGCGACCGUGAUUCUGCCUAACCAGGCCAUCAAGCUGAGGGCUCGCAAGGAGACAGAAGACCGUGAUGGCAACCACAGGGUCACAGGUGAGGAGUGGGUGGUGAAGAAGGUGGGAGCUUAUCUGCCUGGUGCAUAUGAGGAGGUGGUUGAUGUUGUGAACGCCUACGUCCUGACAGAAAAGAAAGCCCUGCACAUGAGAGCACUGCGGACCUUCAAGGACUUCAAGAACCAGACCAGAAAGAGUGGUGAGGAGUGGCUCAUCACCAUGCAGGACACCGAGACUCACAUCCCUGAUGUUUAUGAGGAGGUUGUUGGAGUGAUUAACAUCACAACCCUGAGCAACCGCGAAUACGCCGUGAUCGUGGACCCUGUAGGGGAGGAUGGGAAACCCCAGUUGGGUCAGCGGAAGCUUGUUAAGGGGGAGAAGUCGUUCUUCCUGCAGCCAGGAGAGACCCUUGAGGACGGGAUCCAGCCCAUGUACAUCUUGGAAGAGGACGAGGGUCUCAUCCUUAAGGCUAAUGAAGCCUUUAAGGACAUGGAUGCUAAUGACGAUGAAGAAGCUGAAGAAGUGUCGUCCGAACCUGGCGCCAAGAAAACACUGCAGAAGGACGGAGUAGAGCGCAAACCUGGUGACCGCUGGAUGAUUCGCGGCCCCAAGGAGUACGUUCCCCCUGUGGAGGUUACCGUGGUGAUGAAGAGGAAGGCCAUUCCAUUGGAUGAGAACGAGGGAAUCUACAUCAGGAAUAUCAAAACUGGCAAGGUCCGUGCGGUGUGCGGACAGACCUACAUGUUGGACCAGGACGAGGAGAGUUGGGCUAAACAGCUGCCACCAGCAGUGGAGUCUCUCCUCACACAGAACUUGGUGCUAGACUCAGGCAGGCCUGCAUUCGGGUCUAUGAUGAACAUAUGCCCUGAUCUAGGGGAAAUUCAACAGGAAGUUCAAGUUCAAAAACAGCAGAGGUCUCAGCCUCGUUUCCGACCUGCUGAAGUUGGCAUGGCUGUGCAGGCCUACUCUAAUGUUGGGAUUGAUCCACUUGCGGAUCGAAGCGACCGUGGGCCCCGCCCUCGUCCGGAUCAGCCACGCGACAAAACCAAGGUGGUGACCUUCCGCGUGCCUCACAAUGCUGCUGUCCAGAUCUACGACUACAAGGAGAAGAAAGCAAGGGUUAUAUUUGGUCCUGAACUGGUGCUGCUGGGUCCUGAUGAACAGUUCACCCAGCUCAGUCUGUCUGGAGGGAAGCCCAAGCGACCCAACGUCAUCAAGUCCCUGUGCCUGCUCCUGGGGCCUGACUUCUGCACUGACAUCAUCACCAUAGAAACGGCUGACCACGCCCGCCUACAGCUGCAGAUGAGCUACAACUGGCACUUUGACGUCAAGGACAAGACAGCAGAUGGCAAGAAAAUUUUCAGCGUCCCAGACUUUGUUGGUGAUGCCUGCAAAGCUGUUGCCUCCCGUGUCCGUGGUGCUGUUGCAGGUGUUCAGUUUGAUGAUUUCCACAAGAACUCUGCACGUAUCAUCAGGGCAUCAGUAUUUGGUCUGGAUGAGAACAACAAGGUCCGCGAUGUUUUCAAGUUCCCCCAGAACAACCUGGUGAUCACCAGUGUGGACAUCCAGUCAGUGGAGCCCGUGGACCAGCGCACACGUGACUCCCUGCAGAAGUCCGUCACGCUCGCCAUCGAGAUCACCACCAACUCCCAGGAGGCCGCAGCCAGGCACGAGGCCGAGCGCGUGGAGCAGGAGGCCAAAGGUCGCCUGGAGCGGCAGAAGAUUCAUGACGAGGCAGAGGCGGAGAAUUCACGUCGGGAUCUGCUGGAACUGCAGGCCAAAAGUGCUGCUGUGGAGAGCACCGGCCAGGCCAAAGCGGAGGCCCAGUCUCGCGCUGAGGCAGCCAGGAUCGAAGGCGAGGCAGCUGUUGAGCAGGCAAAGCUCAAGGCACAGGCCUCAAAGAUUGAAGCUGAAUCUGAGCUGGAGCGCCUGACUACAGCACGUGAGGCCGAGCUCAAGUACUUGCGGGAACAGAACGACAUGGAAGUGGCUAAGCUGAGGGAAAUGGCUGACAUUGAGACACAGAAGUUCAAGAACCAGGUGGAUGCCAUCGGCGCCCAGACUAUCCAGUCUAUUGCCCUGGCCGGUCCGGAGCUACAGGUGAAGCUUCUGAAGGGCCUGGGCCUGACCUCUACCCUGAUCACAGAUGGCUCUUCUCCCAUCAACCUCUUCAACACUGCAGGGGGUCUGAUCGGAGCCAUGGGCGGGGAGACCAGGGGCCCUAUUUCUCGCCGCCGCCACUCCGAUUCCUCUGAUGAGUAGAAAGCAUGGAUGAACCCUCGUAAAAUAGUUUUAUAAGACAUGUAAUGCUGCAGUAACUGUUGAGCUCCAUGGAGGUGUAUGAAAAUGGUUUGUUACUUUACCACAGAAAUGAAUACUGGAUAGAAUGGACUUUUUUUAAAGAAAUACUUUCAAAAAGAACUUGGUGGUAAAGAGGGAACAGAACACCCUUACCAAUAUAUGGCUGCAAUCCCUACCUAUUGGAUAGGGGAGGGGAUAGAACUGUAUAUUUGAAGUGUUUCUUACAUUACUCAACAUGUACAAUGCAAAUGCUGUGCUAGGGAGUUAUCAAAGUUAGGGAGGGGGCUAGAAGUAAAACCAUUAAAAACUAUGGAAGAGAGACCUGUGCAGGAUGUGUGUUUUUUCACUCCAAGAAACAAGUCCGAAAUAGACUUAAACAUGCAUAAGGCAGCUGUAUUUUGACCACCAAAGAGAUGUACUGUAAGUAAGAUACUAGUACUAUUGAUAAUCCCAUUUCUAUGGUGAAAAGUGUUGAAGAAACAUAAAAA